CCUAGCAGCUUGAAGGGCCCUAGACUUGUGAGCUCAGUGAAGCUCCUGUCUACAGAUUUCAACAUACUCUUUGGCUUUUAUUUAUUUUAUGUGCCUGAGUGUUCAUUUGCACUUAUGUCUGCACUGUGGGCACACAGUGCCAGAGGGCAGUGCCAGAGGGCUGUGCCAGAGGGCAGUGCCAGAGGGCAGAUGAGGGCACGGGGUCCCCCUCGGAAUGGAGUCAUCAUGUGGGUGCUGGGAACUGAACUUGGAGCCUCUGGAAGAGCAGUGAGUGCGGAGUCGCUCUUGUCCCUCCUUUACAGACAUUUUACUGUUAUUAUGUAGGGUGACGGUACCAAUGACACAGAGUGACGGUACCAAUGGCACAGGUACUUUGACUGACUUGGGUUUUUUUUUUUUUUAUUCCGAACCCCCCGAUUGUUUUUUUUUUUUUAACCUCCACAUAAAUCACUAAAACUACCUCCACCUAAUAUACAGCACUAGGAGACCCUGAAGAGCCAGAGACCUGGGAGUUAGCAAAGCUACUGAAAGAGCACCCGUCAAUCCCUGAGGUCUGUCCCCUAGGUUCCCACCUCACAUGUAGUGACUGCUUCCUGGUACUCUCCCAGGUUAGCUUCUGCCACUGAGCCACAAGGCCUCUGCCAACUUCCACUUGCAGUCGGUCUACCUGCCUUGGCCCUGUAGACCAAGGGCCAGCCAUUGUACCUUUCAUAGCACUGCCUCUGUGAAGAACCCUGGCCUGCCCUUGCUCCUCUCCCUCUAUGCUCGCUCCCUGUGGACAGAAUUGAGUUCUGUCACUCACAUUCAGGGGGCAGUAUUAAGGGUGGUCACCAUGAAAAGACAUAAUGGAGACCACUCAUGAAACUGAUCAUACCACUGGGAAACUCUGGGGGAACUUGGCCUAUUGGGGGUAGUGGACCCAUGUUGAGAGGUACCCAGUUUCCCCCUUUGAAAUUAAUUACUAUCCUGAUUUCAGCAAUAACGCUUCCUGGUGCAAACAAGUUGUUUCUUCCCCUUCUCAAGAGCCCUGACAAGCACUGGGGCUUGGUUCCACAAACUUUCUAGUGUCUUCUCACUCCCCAAACACUAGGCAGGUCAUGAAGGUGCAUUUGGAAGCUGAGGAAGGAAGGGCCAACACCUCAAGGCUAACUCUAGCUGCACUGCCAACUGACCAUCACUCAAAAAAUCAAAAUCAAGCCCAAAACAACAAACCAAGGUAGUUCAUGACUGUAACCCCAGAAGGCCACGGUCGGUGGCAACUACCUAAGCAGUCUGUGGCCAGCUUGGCUACAUGGGGGUGGGAUUACGGACAAAAACAAAAAGAAAAAACUAGAACAAUAAAAAGAGUUGCUGCACCUAGGAAGUUGUGUGCCAAUGGGGUACCUGUGACCAUCAGAGCCCUUGACAUCAUCCCAUCACAGCCCUGACAUCAGGGCUACGAUUAAUAUUGGGGACACAAAUCCCAGAAGACUGGGCUUGCUGCCACCACAGGAGGGCCUCAGGCAAGGCACCGCCAACGUUUUAGACACCUGGGGAAAAAGCAGCCCUGCUAGAAGCAGGUCCCCUCCUAAUCAGAACCCUGGCCUGUGUGGGCACGCCCACGCGGACACGUUCCAGGACAGCCCCGCCACCGCGACCCCCUGUGGACACUCGCACAGGCACCCUCUCCGCGUGCACCGCCCACGACCCCACCCUACCUCCCGCUGCACUCGCCGCGCCCCUUGUCCCGCGUGUCAGAGCCCGUGUCCGCGGCCGGAAGCGCCUGCUGGGUCCACGCAGCGCCGCCACCAUCGCCGCCACCAUCGCCGCCAUGGUCCGGGGACCUCAGGCGGUCAGGGCUGCCCUUCGCACUGCCUGAGCGUCCGCGCCUCGGGGUCAGACCUGUGCGCGGCCUUGACGAGAUGCUGUUGGCUGCUGUCUCAUUGGGUCUCCUGUUGCUGGCCUUCCUCCUGCUCCUGCGACACCUAGGCUGGGGCUUGGUGGCUAUUGGUUGGUUUGAGUUCGUGCAGCAGCCGGUCCACAACCUGCUCAUGGGUGGCACAAAGGAGCAGCGCAUCCUGCGCCAUGUGCAGCAACACGCAAAGCCUGGAGACCCCCAGAGCGUCCUGGAGGCCAUUGAUACCUACUGCUCAGAGAAGGAGUGGGCCAUGAACGUGGGUGACGCAAAAGGUACAUGGCCCAGCAGCAUGCAAGUGACGGGGAAACUGAAGUGGGUAUGGCAGCGCUUAUAGGAGAGCCUGUUAGAGGGAGAGCGAAUCAUGGGUCAUGCUUCUGUCUAGCCCCUGUGGAGACCGAAUCAUUUACACUGGAAAAGGCCAGGCCAAAUCAUGGAUGCAGUGAUUCGGGAGUACAGGCCCUCGCUGGUGCUGGAGCUAGGAGCUUAUUGUGGCUACUCAGCCGUGCGAAUGGCCCGCCUGCUGCCACCUGGAGCCAGGCUUCUCACCAUGGAGAUUAACCCUGACUACGCUGCCAUCACCCAGCAAAUGCUGGACUUCGCAGGCCUACAGGACAAAGUUUCCAUCCUCAUCGGGGCAUCCCAGGACCUUAUCCCCCAGCUGAAGAAGAAGUACGAUGUGGACACAUUAGACAUGGUCUUUCUUGACCACUGGAAAGACCGCUACCUUCCAGACACACUUCUCCUGGAGGAAUGUGGCCUGCUGCGCAAGGGGACGGUGCUCCUAGCUGACAAUGUCAUUGUCCCGGGAACCCCUGACUUCCUGGCGUAUGUGAGGGGGAGCAGCAGCUUCGAGUGCACACACUACAGCUCAUACCUGGAGUACAUGAAAGUGGUGGACGGCUUGGAGAAGGCAGUCUACCAGGGUCCAGGCAGCAGCCCCGUGAAGUCCUGACCACUCAGCCUGAUGAGCUUCCGUCCCAGCUCCCUUCUGCACGAUGACACACACUCACUCUGACCCCCUCUAUGCUUCUGGGGCCUUUCCUCAGGGCCUGUGGCUCCAGAUUGUCAUACACUGGCACAUUAAAGGUAGUGAGCUCACCAUGCAAACCACUACAAUACCCCUGGAAAACACCUGUGCAUCAAAGGCUGCAUUGAGGCCAGAGAUGCAGUAGAUCACAGUGCGUGCCUGGCACGCAAAACCCCUCACGGUGAAUCCUCUGCACCCAAGAACAAAAAGGGAGAUUUAAAAAAAAAAAAAAA